AUGUGGUUAAUCUUUGCCUUGGGCUUCGUGGAAAACGCGUUUGUCAUCGCAGUCUUCCUGCUUCAUAACAGCCGCUGCACUGUGGCGGAGAUUUACCUGGGUAAUAUGGCCGCUGCGGAUCUCAUCUUUGUCAGUAGCCUUCCGUUCUGGGCCAUUUAUAUUUCUAACAAGUUCAAUUGGCCCUUCGGUAGCUUCCUCUGUGUCACUGUAAAUUCUUUGAUUCAGCUGAAUCUCUAUGGUAGCAUCUACUUUCUGAUGAUGGUCAGCAUUGAUCGCUAUCUGGCCCUGGUGAAGACCAUGUCCUUUGGUAGGAUGAGAAGAGCUGGUUGUGCCAAGAUUAACUGUGCCAUCAUCUGGCUUUGCGCAGUGAUAGCCAGUUUGCCCAAAGUCAUAUUCCGGAAGGUAAUGUUUCUUCCUGGGUUUAAUACCACCUCUUGCGUCAUAUUACCCCCACACGAGAGCUGGAACAUUGCCUCAAAUAUUCUCAUGAACCUUUUUGGCGGCUUCAUCCCAGCAGUCGUUAUUGGGUUCUGCACCUUCCAGAUUAUAAAAGUCCUGAGGAACAACACCAUGAAGCAAUUCAAAGAAAUCAACAAUGAGAAGAAGGCCACAUGGUUGGUCUUCUCUGUACUCUUAGUCUUUGUGCUAUGCUGGCUUCCGUUCCAUGUCAUUACCUUCUUCGAUACAUUGGAAUUGUGCAGAUUCAUCCAUUCCUGUAGCUGGGCCCAAGCCAUUGAGAUUGGAAACCAAAUAUCGACCUACAUUGGCUUCAGCAAUAGCUGUAUCAACCCACUCCUCUAUGUCAUUGUUGGCAAUCAUUUCCGAAAAAAAGCCAAAGAAGUCUUCAGGCAGUUUCUAGCUAAAUUCAGACCACCAAGAAGAGCAUCCUUGCCAGUAAGCUACUCUGGAAUCACAGUACGGACUUCGAUCUCCAUGGGGCAACAGAAACUUAUUUUAAAGCAGUAA